AGAAGAGGGAGAGAGAGAGAAGGCAAAUGUUCCCCCAGCUGUUUCCUGUCUACAGUGUCUGUGUUUUGUAGAUAAAUGUGAGGAUUUUCUCUAAAUCCCUCUCUGUUUGCUAAAUCUCACUGUCACUGCUAAAUUCAGAGCAGAUAGAGCCUGCGCAAUGGAAUAAAGUCCUCAAAAUUGAAAUGUGACAUUGCUCUCAACAUCUCCCAUCUCUCUGGAUUUCUUUUUCUUCAUUAUCCCUGCUAACCAAUUCACGUCCAGACUUUGCUCCUCAGACGCAAUGGGGAAAACCAGCAGCCUUCCAACCCAAUUAUUUAAGUGCAGCUUCUGUGAUUCCUUGAAGGUCAAGGUGCACAUCAUGUCGUCGUCGCAUCUCUUCUACCUGGCCCUGUGCCUGCUCACCUUGGCCAGCCCCGCCUCGGCUGGGCCGGAGACGCUGUGCGGGGCCGAGCUGGUGGACGCGCUGCAGUUCGUGUGCGGAGACCGGGGCUUCUACUUCAACAAGCCCACAGGGUACGGCUCCACCAGUCGGAGGGCCCCCCAGAUCGGCAUCGUGGACGAGUGCUGCUUCCGGAGCUGCGACCUGAGAAGGCUGGAGAUGUACUGCGCGCCCCUCAAGCCUGCCAAGGCGGCCCGCUCCGUCCGCGCCCAGCGCCACACCGACGUGCCCAAGGCUCAGAAGGAAGUACAUUUGAAGAACACAAGUAGAGGGAAUGCGGGAAAUAAGAACUACAGAAUGUAGGAGGACCUUCCUGAGGCUGAAGAAAGGCGUGCCACCGGCAGGAUCUUUGCUCUGCAUGAGUCACCAGUUAAACACCAGAAGACCUACCAAAAAAUAAGUUUGAUAACAUUUCAAAAGAUGGGCAUUUCCCCCAUGAAAUACACAAGUAACCAUUUCAAACAUUGUCUUUAGGAGUGAUUGUUAAAAGCUUUGCACCUUGCAAAAACGGUCCUGGCGUUGGUAGAUUGCUGUUGAAACUUUAUCAAUAACAUUCUAUAGAGAAAAAUAUAUCUAUCUAUCUAUCUAUCUAUCUAUCUAUCUAUCUAUCUAUCUAUCUAUCUAUCUAUCUAUCAUCUAUCAUCUAUAUAUCUUAGUCCCUGCCUCUCAAGAGCCACAAAUGCAUGGGUGUUGUCUAGAUCCAGUUGCACUAAAUUUGCCUCUGAAUCUUGGCUGCUGGAGCCAUUCAUUCAGCAGUCUUGUCUAAGUGGUUUAUUAAUUUUUUUUUAUUUGCACUUCUUUCUACACAGCACAGGCUAGUUGUUUUGCAGCGUCUGAUGACCUUGUCUGUCUGUCCCUGCCCGCCCCCCUUCGUCGCCUUGUAUUUGCUGCAGUCGGCCUCCUCCGUAGCGGCAGUGCGCAGUCCAGGAGCACACCAAUACUACCCACGAGACCCUGCCUGUGGCAUUUGUACCAAAUAUAAGUUGGGUGCAUUUAUUUUCGACACAAAGCUUUAUUUUUCCACAUCUUGCUCAAAAGAAAAUGCAAAUAGUUGCAACUUUGAGGCCAAACGUUCUUAGGUGUUAUGUGUUAAGCACAGAAAGUCUCAACUCUCAACAGUUCCUUCCAGUGGCGAGUUAGUGUGCGACCUAAUUAGUAACUUCUCUUUGAUUUUUUCCAUAUAGAGCACUAUGUAAAUUUCGCAUAUUGACAAUACAGGAUAUAUCAGACAGUAUGUAAAACUCUCUUUUUUUAGUACAAUGGUGCUAUUUUGUAGUUUGUUAUAUGAAAGAGUCUGGCCAAAACGGUAAGAGGCGAAAGCAAAACCAAACAGGAUGCCUGGAGCCAAAGGUGACACAGAGGGGAAGGGCACUAAGAAUCCGUCCACCUGGGAGGAAGGCAGAGUACCCCCAUCACGCCUUCCAAGGGAGACCGAAGACGCAAAGUCCACUGAUGCAGAUUCGUUUGGCGAGUCCAGAGAGGAGUGGAAAAAGCAGAAGGCUAGGAAUUUUGCAGUCCUGGUUUCUUUUUCUCACAAAAGAAACAAACAUCUGAGGACUCGGCCAUGGACUCACCACUUUGUGACCUUGGGCAAGUCACUUCACCUCUCUGUGCCUCAGUUUCCUCAUCUGCAAAAUGGGGCAAUAUGCCAUCUUCCUACCUCACAGGGGUGGUGUGAGGAUUAAAAAGAUAAAGCUCCAGAUUAUUAUCCUGGGUUGCUAUGAGGGUGCAAGGUCAGAGCCCCUGAGUUGCUGGGAUGCAAGGAAUUCUAUAAACAGCCCAUUCAGAGCAUAGCUAGAAAAUUAAUUAGCCAAAUGCCCCUGACAUGCCAAUUUUUGUCAAUGAAGCUAUCCAAUUAAGUAUCCAACUUGCAAGUUGCUAGUUGCAGCUUGAUCUCAUUUAAAACAGUUUUCAAAAUAAGUUAGAAACAUUUGAUUAACAACUUGAUUUUGAAUUCUGCAUUUGGGUUCAUAAACACAAAAUGGAAAGAGAGAAAUGAAAAGAAAAAAAGAGAAAAAGGAAAAGAUUUCUACCAGCAAAAGGGUGAUUAUUCGAUUUGUUAGCACUCGCUGACUGUUCCAGGCAGUUACUAGAAAUCUAGUAAUAGUUCUUUUAAUAUUAUAAAUGAUACUCUAUUCAUUUUGAAAAACACAGUUAUUCCUUCUUUAGGCAAUCUAAAAUAAUGGCCCAAGAUUUCAACUAUUGAAAUAAUAUCUAAUAAAAUGUCACACUUUCUUUAAUAAAUUUUGCUUUUAUCUUUGGCAUAUAUAUAAAAAAUUUGGUUUUUGUUAAAAUACUUUUGAUUAGAGUUACUAGUUUCGAGGCAAAAAUUUCCUUCACAACUAGGAGUUUUCCCUCAUGUCUACUUAGGAGAGUAACCCCUAGGCCUCCAUGGAUGUGUCUUAUCCAUUCAACUAAAAAUUUGGUAUCAAGAAAAUCUAAUGGUGAGGACAGGCCAUGGUGACCUAAAAAAUGUUUCCUGUCUAUGUACCAAGAUUUUCUUAUUAGAACAAUGAAUCAUCCACCAUUCAGAUCUUUUAUCUGCCUUAGAGCUUUUUGGUGAAAAGCAACCAGGUUUGAUUAUUUCACGCAUAUUUUUAUCUUUUUACUCUUGGAAAGUACAUCUAUGUGGGGGGAAAAUUACCAUGUUUACUUUUCAUCCCACUUAUUCACCUCAAGGUUCAGAGGCCAGAAAUAAAAACACAAUAAUAAAGAUUUCCUAGAUCUCAGAACAUAUGCAAGAAGAAGGCCUCUUCAGAUGUCAAAGGAACUAUGAGUCAUUUUUCCCUUCAUCUGUUUUCCAGGCAUAUGGGUUCUGUGAAGUGAGGUGCUGAAACCCUCUUCCCAAAAUGGCACUUCUGCUUUUUAUUUCUUGUUCCUAGAGUGCACCUUUUUAAACCACUAACUCCUAGCAACACUUUACAUGCAAUCUUCUGCCAACCUAUGGGUUUCCAGACCUAGCUGAAUAGGGCAAUUAUAAGAAUGUCUAUGACUUGAUUCGCUUAGUAAUUCUGUUCAUAGCCCAGAUGCCCCAGUGAGGAAAGCUUAAAUAGGCAAAGAUAUCAUCUUUCUUAACUUUUUCAACACAUAAUCCUCUCCAACUGUAUCAUAAAUUAACUCAUUAAGAAUUAACUAAUUAUUACACUAACCCACUAUCUUAUUUUCAAAUGAAUAAAAACUAGAAGACGAUUUGAUGUCAACUUUAAAAGUCAGUUGGUCACCAUAUCCUACAGCAGAAUGAACCAGAAUUGACAGAGAGGGAGCACCUAAAAUUUCACAACUCAAAACUUUAUAAGUUUUGCUUUAGAACUUUAAAAUGUGGCAAUUUCAGGAUGCUUAUGAAAGAGCCAUAAAUACUGGUGGGAAUUAACUUUCAACGUAUAGGCUUAUUUCCAAUUUAAAUGACAGAAUACCUAGGUCAAAUUUCUGCUCCCACUUCCCCAAAUAGUAUAACAGCAUUAUUUGAACUUUUUAAGAUGAGGAGUCUCCACUGAGAAAGCUAAUGUAUCUUUCCAUCAGAAUCCACUCUUCUAGGGCUAAAGAAAAACUCCCCCAACACAUCACACACACACCCUUAGAGUCCAGUGGAAUACUAAAAAAAAAAAAAAAUCACUUCCUUGAAAAAUCUGUUAAAAAAAGAAAGCCUGGCCUCCCUGAGAAUCCUUCCCCUCUGGGAAUGUCAAUGUUUGUGUAGAUGGAACCAUCUCAUGCACUGUGGCUCCAGGGGUUCGGUUACUCGUCCAUGCAACUUGGGAGUAGGAUUAAAUUGGAAGAUGUAGCACAAUUUUGCUUUCCCAUUUAUUGUUUGGCCAGCUAUGCCAAUGUGGUGCUAUUGUUUCUUUAAGAAAGUACUUGACUUAAAAAAAGGAAAAAAAAGAAAAAAAAGAAAGCAUAGACAUAUUUUUUUAAAGUGUAAAAACGACAAUUCUAUAGCUCGACGGCUUAAUAAAGCAGCACUAGGUCUAGUCACCACCACCUCUCCACUUCUUAUCACUCACAGGUAGCAGACUAUUCACCAAAUUGUGAGUUUGGUGGUGUGGGGCAGAAGAUGGAAAUUUUUUAGAAUCACAAGGCUCCAUUAUUUUGUUGGCUCUCAAAUUUGGCAAAAUUAGCACUAUGUUACCCAAUCUGAACACCUUGAUCAAAAGCAUGGGAUAUAAAUGGGGCAAAAAACCCCACAAAAACCUUAUAGGCAAAUGGCAGAACUAAAAAGAUGAUUAAGGCACUUAUUGAUUUUUGUGUGUGUAUGCUCUCUGCUCAAAAACAGAUAUUCAGCAAGUAGAGAAAAUACAAAGAGAAAAAAAUGCAUAGAUUCACCUGCUAAAAAUAGCAUCUGCCAGGUCUCCCUUGAGUAAAUUUUGGCAUUGACUGGUUUAUAAAAGAUGUAUUUUCCCUUCAUCUAAACAUUUCAAGAGCAAUAGCUCCCAUUAAAAGCAAUCACUGAUAUUAUGGGGAAGUGUUGGAAAGUAUUUCCUUAUGAAAUGGGGGUUAUCUACUGAUAAGGAAAGAGAAGAAUUGAUGAGGAAGCGUUGAAAGAGAUGGCUAACAAUCUGUGAAGACUUUUUGUUUUUAUUUUUUACUUUAUACAGUCUUUAUGAAUAUCUUCAUGGUCAAAAAUGACUUGGUUCUUUCUUCUUUUAUAUUGGAAUGAGGGAUGAUACGUUAAACCCAGCAGACUCUUUAAAACUAUAGGCUAGAUAGAAAUGUAUGUUUGAUUCGUUGAAACUCUAAUCAGACUAAUUAAAAUGUUUUUGCUAUUUUCAAUCUUAAAGGAUUGUCCUAAGUCAUUAGAGACAGAUCCUGUUGGGCUCUCCUCUUAGGAAAGAGCAUUCCCACUCAAAUCACUUGGGCUUUCCCAGCAAUGUUUUCAAAAGAUAAAUCUGACUUAUGCAUCAUUGUGGCAUCAUUUACUUUAAAUAGAAGAAUUGUGAUCUUUACGCCCCUCUCCUGCAAUGAUCAUCAAGUCCAAAAUCUGAGGAGGCAAAAACAAGAAGAAAACUUUGUUGGUUCUUUGUUUUUGGUUUGUUUGUUUGUUUUCAAUACUAGUGUUUAAUCCUAUAAUACAUAUUUGCUUAUCAAUAUUUUAAUAUGCUAAAAGACUUUCCUGUUAGGUAUUAGAAACUGAUGCAUAGAUAUCUUUUUUUGUAUGAUUUCUAUUUAAAAAAUAAAGGAGAUGAGAAGACCAUCUGAAGCUUUAAGUGCGAACGGUACAAGAUAAAGAUACCAAUUUAAAUAACCAAGUCCCAUCCGGAACAAUACUUUCUUUUUUAGGAAACCUCCAUAGAUAAGACAGAGGGCCAGGGAAUUUUGGAAACUGUCUUCGUUCCUCCCAGUCCUUAUUUUUUACCAUCUGCCUCGAAAUUUUAUGGAGGGCUGACCAAGCUGGAGCCCCAGAAUUAAAGGGACUUCUUUAAAAACAUACAUUUUACAUGUUGCCUCUUAAUUACUGAUUAUGCAUUGAUCUUAAGCAUGGUCCCUCUUUCCCCCCAUUCUUGAGCUGUCAUUGAUAAGGUCUUUUGGGGUGGGGGGCGGGAGGGAGAGAACAUUUUUUUAAUUUAAAAAAAGAGAACACAACAGUCCAAGUAUCACUGUCCAGGUGAAAUAGGAGUUAACAUGGAGGAGACAGAGUUCCUCCUACUUAACCCCCGCAGAAUCACCUUCAAGAUGACCUUUCCUGACCCUUAGACCCUUCCCUGUUUUAAAUCGCCCUAAAAUAAACAUUACACAUUCUCUUUUGCCCAAAAUUCACUGGGCUAAAAGUAGGAAAAACGAAUAUGGGGCUCGAAAAUCCCUUCCAAGCCCCCCGCUGGCCCCACUCACUCACCCAGGGCCAAGCCACUUCCGUUAAUCCCUUAAUCUGAUUUUGUUCGGAUAUUUAUCUUGUACCUGCUGCUACACACACUGCAGGAGGGACUCUGAAACCUCAAGCCGUCUCCUCACAUCUCUUAUCUGUGUCUGUGUAUCAUUAACAUGUCUAUUCAAAAUAUCAAAAACUUUCAAGCAUCAUGCAGCUCAUAUUCAGUUUACAUAAGGUCCCUAAGUACCAUGUCGGGUCUCUUUUUGCUAAAAGGGUUCAGAAACUCUGAGAAAUGGGAUUACAUCAUGUGUUUUGCUUCAUAUGUUUUUAUCGCACUUACAGGCCAAGUGUGAUAAGCUUACAGACACUGAAUUAAUUUUCCCUGCUACUUUGAAACCAGAAAACAAUGAUUGGUCAUUCAUUAUAUCUGUCUUAGUUCAAAAGCAUAUUUUCUGUUAAGUUACUUCUGAUUGUAUUUGAAAUUAUUAUUCAUUUAUGGCAGAAGAAUAUCAAUCCUAAUGACUUCUAAAAAUGUAACUAACUGAAUCAUUAUCUCACAUUUACUGUUUAAUAAGCAUAUUUUGAAAAUGUAUGGCUACAGCGUCAUAAUAAAAUGAUAUCUCUUUCUUUAGUAACUACAUUAAAAUUGAUCAUAUUUGAUGAAUUCAUUCUUUUUUGGACA